AGUUAGGGAGAGGUAGACCGAUCAAAAAUGCGGUCCCAUCUUUUGGCUUCAGUAUUCGCAGGACUGCUUUGUUUAGUGGAACUACGUUCUAGCCGUGUUGCCCACUUACCCACUCCGGAUGGACGGAUUGUUGGCGGAUAUGCUGUGAGUAACAUCAGCCAAAUUCCCUUUCAAAUAUCGCUACAGCGGGAUAAGUCCCACAUAUGCGGUGGAUCAUUGAUCAGUAAACAAUGGGUAUUAACAGCAGCGCAUUGCACCGUGGAUUUCAUGGCAUCUAGGCUGAAUAUUCGUGUCGGAUCUCUGUACACUACCUCUGGAGGUACCGUGGUUCAAGUGGAUAAAAUAAUUGAACAUCCUCAGUAUAACGACAACAUUGUUGACUACGAUUUUUCGUUGUUGCAAUUGAAGCCCUGGUCACCUACAGGAGUUCUGCACGAUCCAGUUCGACUUCCGAAGCAGGGUGCUGAUGUUGCUGAUGGAGUCAUACUGACAACAUCUGGAUGGGGAAAUACGCAGGACUCAUCGAUUUCAUCUGCGUCAUUGCGCGCAGUUGAUGUUCCGAAAUACAAUCAGGAAAAAUGUAACCAGACCUACUCACAAUUUGAUGGGGUAACAUCACGUAUGAUUUGUGCUGGGUAUAAGCGAGGAGGCAAGGAUGCAUGCCAAGGUGACUCAGGCGGGCCACUGGCGUUGAACGGAACUCUUGUUGGAGUCGUAUCCUGGGGAUAUGGAUGCGCUGUGCCUGAAUAUCCAGGAGUUUACGCACGUGUAGCAUCUGUUCGAGACUGGAUAUCAUACGUAACUGGAUUGUGAGAUUGUGCAUUCAGCACCAUUGUGCAAAACUUUGUAGAAGAAUUAAAUUGAUAAUUAAUUAAAUAAACGU